CAACAUUAUAAACAAGUCCUCCAUUUUUUGAGGCAGCUGAUAUUUGUUUUAUAGUUUGCACCCACAAAUUUAAUUCUAUAACUGUUCCAAAAUGGGUGCUUCCUUCGUUCCCAUCACCGUUUUCACCGUUUUAUGGGGCAUAGUGGGUAUCGUAUGUCCUAUUUUUGCCCCCAAAGGGCCCAACAGAGGAAUAAUCCAAGUGGUGUUAAUGUUAACGGCGGCAACGUGUUGGUUAUUCUGGCUGUGUGCGUACAUGGCGCAGAUGAACCCCCUCAUUGGGCCCAGACUGAACAAUGACACAUUAAUCUGGAUCGCUCACACCUGGGGCAAUCCGCUAGAAGCUGGCACCAAGUAAACAAGACGGGGUCAAGUUCGAAGCCCUUUUUAAAACCUUAAUGUUUCCAAUAUGAGUGUUUAAGAAUCUAUGUUAAGAAUACAACACUGACCUCUAUUUAUCUCCGCUGGAUGGGUCGAGUUUAAGACCUCUUAAAUGGUCUUAAACGCAAUAAUCAUUGCCAAAAUUGUGAAAAUCGAACAGGCAGGCACAUAAUAUAACGACUUAUAACCUGUCCAGUGGAUUAUAGAGAUCAGUGUCCAAUAUAUGAAAUGUUGAUUUAAUUUUAACAGGAGCAAAGGCAAACUUCUCUUUACAGCCACCAACAAUCGUCGGGUUAUUCGACCUUUUAAUUAGUAAAAUAUUUUUCUUUUUAAGGUGCUAAUUUUGUUUUAAUAAUUGGACAUGUAAAGUUUU